CUUCUGACGUAUUUAUUCAAUCUCUCCUCGUAUCAACAUUCGAGGAUUGUACGCUUGUUUUAAAUUGCGUAUUUACGUGUCUUAGAAAAUGUUGCAUGUUCAAACACCGCGUCCGUGUACAUCUAGAUUCGAUCGAGCGCUGACGAUAUCCCUCCUUGUGGUCUUCGUGGCUUCGCCAAUCACACUAUUCGCAGCAGCGAGAGAACAAUGUCAAAGCAUUGAUACGUAUAUCGACAGCAUCCUUAAUGAAGGUCUAUCCUGCACCUCCAACUGCCUAGAGCCUGCAUCGGUUCGGGAGUUUCCAGUGAACAUUACAGUGAAUAACACAGUUAUCGAAGGAGGAUUUCGGAACGGAAUUGUUACUGGUCUUACAUCGGCUAAGAGGAAGGGGAGUUGCACCGCAAGCGGUAGUGACGACGGAGAACUCUACACGUGUGAGUUGUCUCUCAACGGAACCUUCAUAAAUUAUUACGGCUUUGUGAAGAGAGGCUACAAUUUUAGACCCAACCACUAUUGCUUCAUGGGAUUGGCCAUCAAGAACAGCACCGUGAAAGCACAGCUGUCAGUAAAAGACGAUGCAGUCACUUUGAAGACACUUUGCUUGGAAGAGGUCGCUUUCGAGUUCACUCACGUUAUUGAUGACAACCAGAAAGGCCUGUUUGAAAAUAGAGUGAAGCCUAUUGUGCUAGAUAUCUUUCGCGGCCUCUUAAACUCCACAUUCCGUGAUUCUUUAAGUGAAGCCAUGCAGGGAAAAACAGUCUGACAAAUUGGCUUGUGUGAUGUGUGUACUGUCGAUUGAUUAAAUCGGCUGAAUUGAUGACA